AUGCUUAGAAAAUAUUUUUAUGAUGGUACUAAAAUUCUGUUGCCACUUUCGAAAAAUGCUAGCAUUCAAUUGUUAAAUCAUUGGAUUCAUCAAGCUACUAGUGGCUUUAUAGCUGCUUUUGCUAGCAAAAGGAUAAAGACAUUGAGCUCUCGAAAUGGUGAAAAAUUUCAUCACUGUUCCAAUGAAGCAAAUUCAAUUGCCAAACAUGCAAAAUGUGUUGUGGAUUUGCUGAUGUUGGAAAAACCGCAACAAAUCAGAAUACGUAAAGUCGGAAAUACAAAACGAAGGUAUGAAAAGCUGAAAUAUCAUUCUACUCCAAAAAUUAAAUUACACAAACCGGAUGCAACGAAAUAUUCGAAUCGAAAAUAUAUGCCGAAAGUUGAUUAUUGGAUAGGUGGAUUUCGCAUGCUUCGGCGUCAUAAACGAUUAACGGAGAAAAAGAAAUGGGAAAUUAAAAGAGUUGAUAAAAAUUCAUACAAGUUGCUAACUGAUAAAGAAACAAAGACGAUUUUUGGAAUGAUUAUAGGUGGAAUAAAAAACAUUCUUCAAAAAUUGAAACAUCGAAAAACUUCUAAACCAUGGUCGGCAACAUUAGCUGAUAUACAGCAUUUAGCAUUGCAAUUAAAAGAGCGAGAGAAAUUAUUGAAGAUAUUUGGUAUUGAAAUUCAAAAUAAUGGUAUUAAUUUAAAGAAUACAUUAAUGGAUCCAAUGAAGAAGAAAAUACCACGUGAUAGUCCAAUGCAAUUAGCUACAUCACUAUCAAAAUUACUUCGUAAUGCUGCAUUACUUACAGCUGCAAUGUCAAAACAAAAUAUUUCCAAUUUGCAUAAUAAAACAAUUCGAAUAGCAUCACCAAGAUUUUUUUCCAUCUUACCCUAUAAUGAAACACAAAAUAUAAUGAAUCUAUUUUCACCAUCAAUUUUAAGUUUACAUAAUGAAGGUGAAAAUUUGGAACGCAAAUUGAGUAUGACAGGAUUAUUUGGUGCAUUGAAAUUGAUAAAUGAACAUGAUCGAAAUGAAUUGCUCGAAUUGAUUUCCGAAGUUUCAGGACUUACUGACACUAUACAACAAAUUCAUAAAAAAUUUGAAAAAGAAAAUAAUGUACGUUACGCUAAAGGCAUUGAUGGACAACCGUUGUAUUUCACGAAACAAAAUGUCAGUGAAUUAUACGGCAAAAUAGAAAGCGAUAAAGUCGAUACGUUCGAAAAGCUCUACAAGACAUUAAGCAAACUCCAAAUUCGAAAAAUGAAUGUUACCGGUUAUGCAGUAUUAACCAAAAGGCAGCUAAAACUCAUUUAUGGUCAACGAUCACCGUAUUUUCAUCCGAUUGCCCUGAAAAGAUUGUCAAAAUUAUUGGAACAAAAUGAUGGAAUACAGAAAGCACUUGAAAAUGAUUUAAAGAAAUUAGCAAAAUCAAAAAAUUUUGGCUUACAUAUAGGAGAAUCAUCACAUCGACGAGAUAAACGCUUUGGUAUCACCUCUUCACCUUUCCUACUAUCACCAUUAAUAUUAGUAUCACAAGCCUUAUCACAACCAGUAUUACUUUCGCCUCUAAUCUUAUCACCUGUAAUCUUAAGUCCAGCAAUUCUUGGUCCACUUAUCCUAAGUCCAUCGGUAUUCAAUCCGGUAAUCUUAUCACCUCGUAUUCUUGCUCCAUUCAUCCUCAGUCCCUCUAUUUUUUCUCCUUUAGUAUUAUCUCCUCUAGCAUUACAUCCACUAAUUCUUUCUCCUGGCAUAUUUAAUCCAAUAAUUGUAUCACCAUUAGCUUUAUCACCAUUUAUACUAUCACCUCAAGUAGCUACUCCAGUAAUAUUAUCACCAAUGAUAUUAAAUCCACUAUUACUAAAUCCUAUGUCUUUCUCACCGCUCGUUUUCAGUCCAUUUAUAUUAUCACCAAUUGUUUAUUCACCUCAAUAUUUCUCUGCCCUACUUUUUAGUCCUUACAUGCUUUCACCAAUAGUUGAAAGUGCAUUAAUCAAUACCACGGUUUUUAUGUCACCAAGUGCUUUAAGUUAG